AUGGUUGGAAGCAAGCUCACGAGGAGCAAAACCGCCGCGAUGGCUAAAUCCGUGACAACCCGAAGCUACUCCACCCACGAUCCCGCGAUCGACAUGGUGGCACCACCACCUCUCACCACCGUGCCACCUACUAGACCCGCAAUCGGAUCUAGCAACCUCCGUGGCACCGCCACCGAGCAUGGUGGAACCUCCCAUCAAGGUGGGCUCGUUACCACCAUUGACUUAGGCCCGAUCUUGGAGCAACUUCAAGCAUUCCCUCCAUUGCCUCCAUGCUCGACCCAUGCUCCUACAUACACAUCCAAUGAAACCCUAGCCCAUGUGCAAUUGGGCUCCACACACUUCUCUCCUUCUGAUCCACGAAGUCAAGCAGAUCUUAAUAUGAGAGUUGAUCAGCUAGCUCAGAGGAUGGACGACCAAACCAAUCUGAUGAGGCAGAUCCUCCACCAAAUAAACUUGGUUCAAAACCUUGACCUUGGACAAUCGGGCGAAGAGAGAAUGAUGGAUGAACGCACCUAUCGGUAG